AUGCAAGUAAUACUAAAUAAUGUAUCAGAAACUGCAGCAAGAAUCAGACUCAGGAUUAAUGUAAAUAAAAAGAAAGUCUUUUCGUCUCAUCAAGAAGCUGAUAAAAUACCUAUUUUUGUUGAUGAAACCUUUAUAAAUCACAAAAUCACCAUAAAAACGAAACUAUAUACUCGCGAUUUACUGGAUCUUGUUAAGUUACAUUGGAAUAAUGUUGAAAAUGUUGGAGAUGAAUCGCCGUAUGUUGUAUCCAUGCGUAACCAUUUACGUACGAAUGUGCCACUUAUUCGAGAUUUUUUUGCAGAUCGUCGCAAAUAUUUUGCACAUUUCUGCCUAAAAUUAGCGACGCAGUUGGUUAAUAAAUUUCUGGGCGCUCUUUUUAGAUGUCGUCCGAUGGGUAUUACUGGUGCUGAGCAGUUGCUUCUGGAUACUCAUGCUUUGAAAACAUUCUUACUUUCAAUGCCAUGUGUUGAAUCAUCAGUCAGCGUAAAACCUCCUACUGUUUAUAUCAACAUCAUUGUUAAGAUAAUGACUAAAGCAGAAAUGAUUUUGAAGAUAGUUAUGUCCGAAGCUGAUAAUCCAGAAGACUUUGUUAACGCUUUUUCUCGUCUUAUGCCAGAUUCUGAUUCUUCAGAACUUCAGAAAAUACUUGAAAUGAAGGCAUUACGCCGGCAGGAACAGGCUAAUAUUAUUCAAUUGUAUAAAACACGGGUCGAGAGUCAAAAUCCUUCAGAUGGAAAUGCGUCGCAGUCAUUAGCACUUUCUACGCUCGAAAGCAUUGGAGAUUCAAGUAUCCGAAGACUGGAACAACUAGUCAAGAAGAAAUUCUAA